AUGCAGUUCCGGUCGCCAACAGCAUCCGACUCAAGUGCAAAUUCUACCGCCUCUAGACGCCGCAUGGGACCCUACCUUGCAGACCGACGACGGAGAAGCUAUUGCUGGACGCCGUUGCAGCUUGCCGCCAGAGGCGGAGAACUGGAAAACAUCCGGGAAAUCCUUGCCGACGACCCGGGGGCCGCUAACGAUCCCCCGCGCGGGUACUACGGACAGACGGCCAUCCAGGCUGCAUGCAUGCACGGCCACGAACAGGCGGUGCAGAUUCUGGUCGACGCCGGGGCCGAUAUCCACUUCUGCGGAGGCAACAACUUCCAAAGAAAUGCCUUGCAGAUCGCCUGCGGACAUGGAAACGAGAAGGUCGUCGACAUUCUGCUCAGUGCGGGGGCCAAGGUAAACGAGGUGUUGUCGAAGCCUGCGCAUUCGACGCGCGGGUCACCAGCGUCGUCAGUUGUCGUGACCCGGUACAACGGAAGAUCGGCAUUUCAGGCAGCAGCGGAGCGAGGACAUGAUCAUCUUGUCAGCCGACUACUGAGAUUGGGAGCCGACGUGAAUGCUCCGCCAUCACCAACGGCAGGUUACACGGCAUUACAAGCUGCUGCGGGCGGCGGCUACAUGACGAUAUUGAAGCUUCUUCUCCAACACGGGGCUGACAUCAAUGGUGCCUCAGCAAAGUACAAGGGCUACACGGCUCAAGGGGCAUGUCUAGGAGGUCAUCUCGAGAUAGUCGACCUUCUUAUCAAGGAAGGCGCCAAUGUCCACGCCCUGGGAGGUAUUUACGGAGAUGGGAUGGCUUUACAUGCUGCAGCCGAGAAAGGCCAUGUGGACAUAAUCAAGCGCUUAUUGGCAGCCGGUGCUGAUGUGAAUGCUUGUUGCUUCAAGGGACGAAAGGCCAGACUGCACUGCAAAGCGCCGCGGUUGGAGGCCACGAUGAAACGAUGCAGGUUCUUAGAGAAAACGGUGCUGUAG